CAAGCAAAGAAUUCACACUUUAUCCAAAUCCCAAACCCACCACAUUGAAAUGACUGAGGAAAACAUCGCCAUCAGAAACGAUCGCAAAUGGUGUCCUCACUUGAUCUUCACCACCGCUGUCGCGUGUAUGGCCUCUGUCCAGUACGGCUAUCACAUGUCUGAGUUGAAUGGGCCCAGUGCGGUGUUAUCGUGUCAAGCUGAUAUAGAGCCUUAUCCAGGGGCAAUUUAUCAAGAUACUUGGUUUUACAAAAUGAGAUUGGUGAAAUGUAUUGAAAUGGAUGAUCAAGGGCUAGGUCUUGUUACUUCCAUUUUCUCAAUUGGUGGUCUUGUCGGCUCGUUAUAUGCUGGUCAUUUAAGCGAUAAAUUGGGUAGGAAAAAGGCAAGUGCUAUGAAUGCAAUCGUGUUUAUCAUUGGAUCCAUGGUGGAACUUUGGGCAAAUAGUGUUUUUGGAUUGGCCACAGGGAGAUUCAUAUCUGGAUUGGGUGCUGGUUGCUCAAUUGUGGUUACACCUUUGCUAAUUAAUGAAAUUAGUCCACAUGGAUUAAAAGGAUUCUUGGGGAGUAUGAAUCAAGUUGCAAUCAAUUUGGGGAUUCUACUUACACAAGUAUUGGCUAUCAGAUGGGCUAACAGUUAUGAAUGGAGAUAUUUACUAUUAGUUGGCUCUAUAUUAGGUGCUUUAAACUUCAUUUUGGUAUUAUUUGUUGAUGAAAGUCCAAAAUGGUUAUUUAGACGUGGAGAUAUUCAAGGAGCUAGAUCUGUUGCAAACAGACUAAGAGGCGGUGAUCCACUUUUAGUUGAAGAUGAAGCUAGAGGCUGGUCCUCUUAUGGUGGUCCAAAUGCAAAUCCAGAACAGGAUGGAUUAUUAUCACCAGGUACAAAUGGCGAUAGAUUUCAAACUACAAUUUCACUACUGGACUAUGUUAAGAACUCUCAUUACCAUAAAUCAUUGAUAGUGGUGUCUGCUAUAAUGUUGGGUCAGCAAUUUUGUGGUAUAAACUCUAUUAUUUUCUAUGGUGUUAAAACAAUAAGGAAAAUCUUGCCAGAUUAUGCAGUUGUCAUAAAUUGUUUGAUUUCAUUAGGAAAUGCUGUUAUUACGUUCACUGCAGCUCCUUUGAUAGAUAGAUUGGGCCGUAUUCCAUGUCUUUUACUUUCAGUUUCAAUUAUGGGUGCUUCUUCUAUAUUAAUGGCUGUUGGUAUCUUGCAAACAAUUUCAAUUAUUUCAGUUAUUGCAACUUUCUCUUAUGUGGGAUCUUAUGCUAUUGGACUAGGACCUAUCCCCUUCUUGAUGGUUCCUGAAGUUACACAAGUGGAAGCCAGAGGUGCUGCACAAAGUUAUGGUACCACAGUCAAUUGGAUUGCAACAUUUUUGGUUGGUUAUUUAUUCCCAAUAUUAGACUCAUAUAUCGGUGGCUAUGUCUACUUCAUCUUUGCUAUCAUCUGUGGCCUAUUCGCCACUUUUAUUCAUAAUCAAGUUCCAGAGACCAAAGGGCACAAGUCGUAUGAAGAAGUCUGGGGUAUUAGAAAUGAUUGAAUCCUUAUUUAUUUAUUUACAUAUUUUUGUAUAGAAAUCACAUGACUGUGAUUAGGGCUUCGAUUCAGUAGUACUCCACGUGAUAUGCUUUUUUUAUUUUUACUCUCACAUCCAAACAC